AUGGCUAGAAUCAAUGCUCUCAUCUGUAUACAAGUUACUAUUAGCAAUAAAUCAAUCUAUAUAGGGACGUACCAUAUGCCUUGUCUUUACAAAGAACCUGGUAUGAUGCUGAUUCAUUCUGCAAUUGUGAAAGAUUUGAUGUUUCAUUUAACAGGUGGACAAGAUUUUAUUCUUGCUGGUGACUUCAAUUUUGACCCAACAGAUAUAUGCUACAAGGCUUUAACAGAGAAAAAUUAUGAUGGCUAUCAAAUACCAGGAUCUAGUACUUAUGAAAUUUCGUAUCGUCACAACGCUGAAUAA